AAUGAAGUCUCAAGCUUGUCUAAAAGUAUGCCUCGCGCUAAUCGGAUUAGUCAGUAUAGUAUCUACAGCGUAUAUUGCCAACGACGUGGUCUCAGAUUAUGCAGAGGUCAAAGAAUUGUUGGCUGCCUUCUACAGAAAACAUGCAAAAAAAUAUGGUCAUGACUAUGAUCCUGCUGCUAUUCAAGCUAUUGCUGAAAAUAUGGAUAAAUCAGUGAAGAAUGACAAAACUGAAGCAACUGUGAACAGAAAAUUGUGGAACGAAGUUUUUGAAAAUGACAUAAUUUUAACACUUCCACAGGCUGAGUCAUUGUUAUCAGAGUCUAAUUCACCAAGAUCAAGGCGACAAGCUCAUCCAGAUCCACGUAAUUUCUGGCCAAAUCUCACAAUUUCAUACGAGUUCUACGGAGGAGAAGAGACUUGGAGACAACUGAUCAGAAGUGCUAUUAGACACGUUGAGCAGAACGUUUGCUUUAAAUUCAAGGAAAAUGGAGGAGAUAGAGAUGGAUUGAGAUAUUAUAGAGGAAACGGGUGUUGGUCAAACGUUGGUAGGGUUGGAGGAAGACAAUUGGUUUCUAUUGGAUACGGAUGCGAUAGUCUUGGAAUAGUGUCUCAUGAGACUCUGCACGCCUUGGGACUUUGGCACGAACAGUCGAGAGAUGAUAGAGACAAUUUCAUUAGUAUUGUUGCUGAUAAAAUUACAAGAGGAACAGAAGGAAACUUUGCCAAACGCACAGCUGCCAACAGCGACAACCUUGGACAACCGUAUGAUUUGGGAUCGGUUAUGCAUUAUGGAGCAAAAUCAUUUGCAUAUGAUUGGUCUAGUGAUACCAUAAAAACUAGAGAUUGGAGAUACCAAAAUACCAUUGGACAAAGAGAUGGGCUUUCAUUUAAAGAUGCCAAAAUGAUUAAUACCAGAUAUUGCAGCAACGUUUGUCAGAGAAGUCUUCCAUGUUUAAAUGAGGGUUACACGGAUCCAAACAACUGUGGACGUUGUCGUUGUCCAUCUGGUUAUGGAGGAACAUAUUGUGAAACUGUAGAGUAUACAUCUUGCGGAGGAUCACUUACUGCUUCCAGUUCCUACAAAAAGAUAGAAAGUGGUAUUGUGCAACCAGAUGCGAAUUGUGUGUGGCGAAUUAGAAAUCCUGGAGGAAAUGUGGAAGUGAUGUUUGAUCAGGUGAACUUCCAAUGCGCAGAUCCAUGCCAGAGUUACGUUGAAGUAAAAUAUCUCAGCCAGAAGACAUCGACAGGCGCACGACUAUGUUGUAGUUUACCGUCUGUCAUUCGUUCCGAAGGAGAUGAUGUAAUUAUCAUUUUACGAGGAACUCCAAACACUGCAGUUGGGUGGAGAGGAUUCACAUUGAAAUACAGAGCAAUUGGAGGAACUCCGAUCACACCGGCCACCGUUCGACCGACAUAUGCAACCACGACUAGACCCUACUGGACAAGAACGGCAAGUGGCUGGAUUCACAUUAAAAACCCACCACUCUAUAAACCCGACGGCCAGAUCUACACCUCUGAUGAGCAAUCGGCGGAAACCAAAUAUUCCUCUGAGGAGCUUUAUGAUCCGAGCACAUUCCUUUCUCCUUCUUCUUCUUCAGCAUCACCCGCACUGCUUCUUCCUUCAGAUGCCUCUCCUCAGAGGCCAUCUGCACAAGAGCAUGAUCUAUCGCAACUAUCUCAAAAUGCUUUAACUCGUCCUACGCCGACGACGACAGUUGCUCCAGAUACAGCUUCGUGGAGUGCUUGGGGAGAAUGGUCCGCUUGUUCACAGCCUUGUGGAGGAUGCGGAACUAAAACCCGAGUUAGAGCAUGCUACGGUGGAAACCAAGUUUGCCCGGGAAGCAAUUUGGAUAGAGAAAGUUGUAACGCUCACGCCUGCGCUAAGCCUAAGAAAGGAAUGAUCUGUAAUGGACGUCUCCUACUUCCGUGCGAUUUGCUUGCCAAGCUCAAUUUUGGAUCCAACAACUACUUGAACCCCAAAUUGAAACAAUCCGGAUUUGCGAGAUCCAGCACGCUUCCGCUACCACGUAUCUCGCAACGUAAACCAGUUUUCGUUAACGAAUUGGAAGUUCAUCCACCAACAGAAAGAUUCCUCUCAUCAAGCACAAGAAGGGUGAAAAGACAAACUGCCAACAGAUUUUGUGAAAAACGAUUCAUUUACCAGUGCCCAACAGCAUUACUCACCAUCCAAAUGGAAUAUAAACCAGAUACUCAAGGAACCAAUGAUGCUUAUUUCCAACAGUACCCAGAAUGCUGCUCUGGAUAUACGCCUAGAAGAGGAGUUUGCUACAAAAACUGAAACCGAUAUUUUUUGUAAUUUUUUGUUUUUCCUUCCCCCACACGUUUGAUAUUGCUCAUGAUCUGCUUCUCAAACUCGCUUUCUUUUUUAUUUUUGUUGAUAGACACCAUUCUCUGUUGCGUUUUUACACUUGCCUGUUCUUUCUCAUCAUUGCUGCUCAUUCUGCUCACUUUCUGGAAUGGUUAUGAAAAUGUAUCGUGUUUAAUAAUACCAGUCUAAUAAAUCUUUUCAAAUAAUUUU